AUGGCGCGUUCCGAACCCAAGCCAAACAUUGACGAUGAUUCCGGAAUCUAUAAAGCAUUACAAUACUUGGCACGACUUGCUGUAUGGGUAUACUUUCGUAACGUCAAGGUCGUUACUCGAAUGCCCCCGAUAAGCCGGCAAGGUCCGCUUCUUGUUGCAGCCAACCACAUGAACAUGGUGCUCGAUCCAGCCGUCCUUAUUGCCACGUUCCCUCAUGCUCGCCGUUGUCAUUUCUGGGCAUUGGCCCGGUUCUUUAAAAUACCUGUCGUGGGUCAAAUACUUGCGGCCGCAGGCGUGCUUCCCGUUGAUACCCAAACUCGCAGCAACGCGAAACUGUUUGAACAUACACUGGGCUGUUUAGAACACGGCGGAGUGAUUGCUGUAUUUCCUGAGGGCACAUCGUAUACGCUACCUCAUCAUCUACCGUUCAAGGACGGUCUGUCAUGGGCAGCAUACGAAUAUUUAUUGGAUCAAUGCAGCAAAGGAAGCAAUCCAGAAGACGUGGGGAUAUCAAUAAUUCCAGCAGGCAUUACUUACACCACAAAGAACAAAUGGCGCAGCCGUGAUUUAGAAAACUUUCAGAUUGAAUCGAAACAGGCAGUGAAGCAAUUGACGGCCCGCAUAGCCGACGGUGUGAAACAAGGGACCAUCAAUAGCCCGGAUUGGGAUACACUCCAUGCUGCUUCUGAAGCUCGAUUUAUCAUGUUUGGAGAUACCCGGAGUGUCAGGCUUGAAGAAUAUGUUCAAGUAUCACAAAGCUUCAUAGAAAUAUUCCACCCAUCUAAAAUCGAAGAGGACGAGGCACUAGCCGAGCUCAAAAUGCGACUACUGACAUUUCAUAAAACAUUGCGACAACUACGACUGACAGUAUGGGAUAUCAACAUGUACGAAAACCAUGAAAUCACACUGCGACGUGCCAUUGUACGACUUGCAUCCACAUGGACAGCGCUAGCGAUCCAGAUACCACUCUUCUUACCCAGCAUCAUCAUCAACUGGCCCAUCUACCUGCUAGGCCGAGUCGCUGAACAUUACGAACAAUACACAGAAUCGGUGGCCCAGGAUAAGCUUGUUUACUCGGUGGUGCUUGCUAUCCCGCUCUAUGGAACGCUGAUUUAUCAGUUUUGGAAGUAUAUUGGGUUCACCAUGGUUGGGCUGGUGUUUGCCUUGAUGCUGAUACCUGUCCUUGCUUGGUACCACAUGUCACUUAUUGACAAGCGCUACGAUAUGGCGAAGGAUGUGGUGGCUUCAUGGCGGAUCUGUGCUGCCAUGCUGUCAAGUGUGACCGGACUCGAUGCUCAGCCGCGACGCGAGUUGGAGGAUGCAGUACAACUUCGACGUUGGUGUCUUGCCCAUACAAAGCUAUUAUUAUUGGAUCUGGCAAAGAAGGGAGAUGCGCAAGCACAGUAUUUGGUUGAAUAUGGCAAGCUCGCUUCUGCGCACCAACAUGUAGACGAAAAAAAGAAUGGAUAA